CAAGUUCCUGUCCUCUGUGUGCCUUCGGUUUUCUAACGUUGCUGCUAGAAAAUGUUCCGUGGUCCUAUUUCUGUUCUUGCUGAGUCACACAACAAACUUCCUGGUGUUUUUAAAGAGAAUGGGCCCAGCCCUGUGCUUCGGAUUUCAAUUAUUCGUGAACUAGGUAACGUCCCCACCCAGGGGCUGAGAUAGUUUAAUAUGCGUCCUCUUUCUUCUUCCUUCAAAACCUUGUGCCGGUUCGUAAAUAACUUCAGUCCCUGCUUCUACCUCUAAAUGACCUCUGAGAGCCAAAAAUGAUUACCUAGAUCACAGCCGACUGGUACCUUGUGCCAACAAAGGCAGAAUCCAAAAGUGUCUUUUCUGUUUGAAGGGACAACUAACACGUCACGCGAUUCAAGAGCACUAGGGCGCCUGAUCCUGUCAACACUGCUGCAAAAAUCUCCCUUUACUUCCUCAUUCCCCUGGAUUAAAAGGAGCUUGCCCGUACUAUGCAGGUAUCUGUUGUCAAUUUCACUUCCCUAAGAGUGGAGUAUCGUGCAUAGUGUAUCAGGUAUCCGGCAACAAUGACACAGAGCUUCCUGGGGAAAGGCACUGAAAAUUCGGAAGCACGGCCCUGCCUCUACACGCAGGCUGCACCCUCAUGCCCACGCCAGAUAUACUUCCGUGAGGCACCUAAGAAUCAAAGCAGAACUGGGUCGAUUAAAUGAGGCAAACAGGCGCGUUCCGGAAUGCAGCCUUCUGCAAGGCUUUUCAUGAAAACAAAACAAACAAAACACAAAUGAGCAAAGGUGAAUUUGCGACCAAGUUUUCUCCAAGGACAAGGACAGGAAAGGAGAAAAAAAAAGGGCAGGAAAGGGGGAGGGGGGGUGCAGAGCUAGGUCUUAUCUUGCCAAAUGCUACUAAUGCUUGGUUUUCUGACCAGUUCCGAGGACUGGGUGGUAACAGAGUCAGGUGCUAAACCGUUCCAACUUGCCCUUCGCGAGCGAAGAGGGGUCCUCAGCUGGGAACCGCCCCGAAAGCCACAUUCAUCCCUUCAGGGAACGGCUUAUGUGUGGAAUGCAGAGUCCAGAGGCAGCAUCACGCUCAUUUAGAAGCUUAAUAAAUUUAAUUUUAAUGACACGUCGCGGCUGGCAUUAAAAUUCAUGAGACUCUCUGGACCUUUCAUUAGAGGGUAAGUAAGGAACUGGGCAAUUUAACUUCUUGACCACCUGAGCAGGAAAACGCAUGUCUACAAACUAUACUUAGGAAUCCCAGCAGCUUUUUUGAAAUUGAGUCAUGCUGGAUUUAGUGGCAGCAUACACCAGUUCUCUCCAAUUACUGACCCUAUGGGGAUUUUUUCCUUUUUCUUUUUUUCCUUAAGAAUUCAUCCGUAUUUCUCUCUGGGUCCAUAAAAAAAGAAAGUUGUGUGUGUGGGCCUUUUAAAAAAUCAGCUCAUUACUACUGAACCGCCAAGCCAAAAGAGCAGCAGGGGACAAGGUCAUGCUCACCGUGUGAGAUGAGCCAAUCAUUUAUAUUUAGACUCCGAUGGGUCUGAAAGCAUUUCUCAGCUCUGCUCCUUGGGAGCUGUGUGACCUCAGGCAAGUAACUCCACCUCUCUGAGCUGCAGUGCUUUUGGUUUUAAUUAAGCUUUUGGUUUUAAUUAAGGAAUGCAAACAUGUGCCCCUGGCCCUUGCAUGGCUUUUACGAGACGAAUGCAUGCCUAUGGCACACGGCCACGGGGUGAGUCGUCUCCAAAAAACCAUGCGGACAUGUUUGACAAAGCGCUAGGAAGCCUUCUUCUGCAAGCCGUGAGGUCAGGCUCCAGGGAGCCCUCGGGACGGGUCUCUCUAGCGUUGCAUGCACGGAGUGUGUUCUUUGAACUUGUGCUUGAACUCAGCUGGUGACGGAAGUUCCAGGCAGACCCCAAACGGCUACGGGAGCGCGCAGCGCCCGGGCGAGGGCUGCAAAAGCCCCUCGGAUGCACUGCAGCGCGUGCUGCCCCCACUUGCAGGCAGGCGCCUGGGUGCACGUGCAGCUGCUGGCGGGCCGGGGGUGGCUGCAGCCCGGGCGCCGCGCGGUCCCUCCGAGCAGCCGGCCACUUGGCAGGGCCGCUCCACCCCCCGCCCGCGGCACUGACUUUUGGGGCCGGAGCAUGUGGGGCGGUCCCGGGCACUGCGGGGAACUUGGGCAACAGCCCUGGCCUCCAUCCCGCCCCCCCGUCCGCCCCGGGUGACAGGAACACCCCCCCUGCAGCCGGGACACGCACAAAGCCUCCGGACCUGGUCGGACGCCUGCACCACGGCGGGCGGAGGACCCACGGCCCCGCGCGAUGCCGCCAGCCAGGACGUGCCCGGUGUUCCCCAAGCACCUUUGCUGAGAGAAGGUCGCCUCGCUGUCCUGGCACAUGGUGGUCUCAAUAACGUAAGACCUUUUGAGGACUGACACCCAAGACUGUCUACGAACUGUUAUCAGUGAAGAUGAAGAUCCGUUUGCUUCUCUUGCUCUUCCUAUGUGAGGCCCAGAGCCGCGCCACCUCUAAGCCCAACUUCGUCGUGCUGAUAGCUGAUGACCUUGGCAUUGGAGAUCCUGGGUGCUAUGGAAACACGACCCUCAGGACUCCCAAUAUUGAUGCAUUAGCCAGAGGGGGAGUGAAACUCACUCAGCACUUGGCCGCAUCACCCCUGUGCACGCCGAGCCGGGCAGCCCUCAUGACAGGCCGGUACCCCAUCCGAUCAGGGAAGUGGCACCUUGGGGUCCACUGCCACAACAAAACCGACUUUUGUCACCACCCUUUAAAUCACGGCUUCGAUUAUUUCCACGGGGUGCCUGUGACCAACUUGAGAGACUGCAAGCCCGGGCAAGGCAGCGUCUUCACCAGCGCCAUCAGGCUGCUGGUGUUCAUCCCUCUCCAAGUCAUCGCGAUCGCCCUCCUGACCUUGGCGGCGCUCAAGUGGCUGAAGCUGGCCCACGUGCCCCGCGCCGUCUUCAUCUGCCUCCUCCUCCUGGCUGCCGUGAUCCUUGGCGCCUUGGUGUGCUUCCUCCAUUACUUCCGACCCCUGAACUGCUUCCUCUUCCAGAACUAUGACAUCACCCAGCAGCCCCUGUCUUACGACAACCUCACGCAGAGGCUGACGGCGGAUGCCACCCAGUUCAUACGACGGAAUGCCGAGACGCCCUUCCUGCUGGUCAUGUCUUAUAUUCAAGUCCACACGGCCCUCUUCACGUCCAAGGACUUUGCCGGGAAAAGCCGGCACGGCAUUUAUGGGGAUGCCGUCGAGGAAAUGGACUGGAGCGUGGGGCAGAUCUUGAAGGUGCUAGAGGAGUUGCGCCUGGCGAACGACACCCUCGUCUACUUCACCUCCGACCAAGGGGCACACGUGGAAGAAGUGAGCACCAGAGGGGAAGUGCACGGAGGAAGCAACAGCAUCUAUAAAGGUGACAGUGUGGAUAAGCUCGGGCCUCCCAGCUCCCCCGGGGUCCGCUGCUCCUUCACCUUGGAGCUCUGGCAGUGUUCUCCUGUCGUUUUGCAAUAUGAAGGACUUCCUUGUGUCCCAGCCAUUGAACAGAGAACUCAGAACUCAGGGCGUUCCAGGCCAAGGGCGAUAUGGCCGUGGACGCCCUCACGCCCGUCUCAUUUAUUCCACAGGAUCAUCGACGGGCAUGACCUGAUGCCCUUGCUCCUAGGGCAACGCCAACGCUCCGAGCACGAGUUCCUCUUCCAUUACUGCAACGUCUACCUGAACGCCGUGCGCUGGCACCCGCCCAACAGCACGUCCAUCUGGAAAGCCUUCUUCUUCACGCCCAACUUCACCCCCGAGGGCGCCAACGGCUGCUUUCUCACCCACGUGUGUUUCUGCUACGGGCAGUUCGUCACCCACCAUCACCCACCUUUGCUCUUCGAUCUUUCCAAAGACCCCAGGGAGAGAAACCCAGUCACUCCCGCAACUGAGCCCCGAUUCCAGGAAAUCCUGGAAGCCAUGCAGCGAGCGGUGGACCGUCACACCCAGACCGUGCAAAAAGUCCCCAACCAGUUGUCCCUGGGGAACGUCAUGUGGAAGCCGUGGCUUCAGAUGUGUUGCCCCUCUUCCUCCAGACUCUCUUGCCAGUGCGACCAAGAAGAACAGGAUGAAGGGAUAUUGGGAGCUGAGAAGCUUGAUGAGUCUAAAGUUUGACACGAAAAGCAUUGUUCUGCCUCCUGUUUGAACAAGAUUCCUCAGGAAAAACGAAACAGGGUCAGGAGAACCCCCGGGAGUGGUGAGGAAAGGAGAAUUGCAGGGGCUCGGAUAGGCUCUCCUCGCAUCCAGCAAUUCUUGAUGAAAGCUACACCGUGUCCCCAGGAAGGCGGGCAGGCGAUGGAUGCUGGCAGGGACAGAUACACGCGGACAAAAGACACCAUUUUCGUAAACGUUCCUGUCCAACUUUCAAGUGACGUAAAAGCCAGACACUGUUCUGUCCUCUUUAGUCCUCAAGGAAUGGGGUGUGUGGUGUCAAUGACAGCCUCCCCUGAAAUCCCAGCUGUCUGAUCUCCGCUUACCUUCUGCCCACGCUGCUUCCUACAGGACACCGCCCUGCCUAUCUGGGGCCACGUGAGUUAGGGACCUUAAGCGCCCUGACAUCUGUGUUGCUAAAGCUUUGUCCAGUGCUUAAUACCGUUUCUUGGUGUAAUGGUCUCUGAAUAAAGUGAUCUUAUAAACUACCUGUAUUUA